UUUGACCCGACAAAUCAGUUGACUCAAACCCUCUUCACUCUCCUACUCGGGUGUUCGACCGCUCAAAAUAACCCUAAUUCACGCCGUGCCCCCAAAAAGAUUCACCCCCUAUACUCUUCAAUACAUAUAUUAAUUAAGAAAAAAAAAAAAAGAAACAAGUUGCAGAGUGAAAACUCAGAAUCUCAUGUUUAUGAUCUUAAAAACAUUCUACAUCCCUCCAAAAAUUACCAAGAUCAUCAUCGAUCAUUAGGAAAUUACCCUAACCAUGUCGCAAGCUCAAAUCGAUCCUUACGACCACCUCAACAUCGUCUUGAACACUGAUGGCACCUGCAAUCGCCUCUUCGACGUCCCAUCAGUUGCCGCCAACCCUAACCCAGCUCAGGGAGAGCCUGCCGCCUCCAAGGACGUUAUCAUUAGCCCAGUAACCGAUGUCACCGCUCGCAUUUUCAGACCUACCAAUCUUCCUUCAAACGACAACGCCAUUGCUCGUCUACCCAUCAUCAUCCACUUCCACAACAGCGGUGGGUGGACCCUUUACGACGCCACCACCGCCAUAAACCACAUGACCUGCGCUCAGACCGCCAGUGAGCUCACCGUCAUUCUCGUUUCCGUCAACUACCGGCUCGCCCCCGAGAAUCGUUUACCAGCUCAGUUCGACGACGCCAUUGACGCCAUCACUUGGGUGAAGGACCAGGCUCUUGCCCCAGAUGGCGAACCCUGGCUCAAAGAGUACGGAGACUUCUCGAGGUGCUACCUCUUCGGAUCUAGCAACGGAGCCAACAUCGCUUUCAACGCCGCGUUACGCACACUGGAUUGCGAUCUGAACCCAAUGAAAAUCAGCGGCUGUAUAUUCUAUCAACCCAUGUUUGGAGGGAAAAACAGAACGAGAAACGAGAUAGCGAAUAUCAACGACCCGUUAAUGCCUUUGGCAGUACAAGAUCUGUUGUGGGAGCUGGCGUUGCCGCCGGGGGUUGACCGGGAUCAUCGGUACUGUAAUCCGUUGAUCGAAGGGCCGCAUACGAAGAAGAUGGCGUCGCUAGGGCGAUGUCUUAUCGUAGGGUACGGCGGAGACUCGAUGGUUGACCGGCAGCAGGCGUUUGUUAAAAUGUUGGUGGCGCUCGGAGUUAGAGUCGACGCUCGGUUUGACGACGCCGGGUUCCAUGGGAUUGAGGCUAUUGACCCUCGACGAGCUGCUCGGCUUCUUAAUUUGACGAGAGAAUUUAUCAUAUGA